AUGCCGGCAGUCCGCUCCCUUUUCACUCUUUCCGUUUUGGCAACUUGCCUGGCGCAAGUGUUGGCUGAUGGUCACAUGGGCGGUGACAUGGGUGACGACAAGGGAGGCGAAGGUGGCUUCGGCAGCUUUGGCGGUGGCAGCGACAAAGACAUGACAGAGGGUUCGUGGGAAGGCGGGAACAGCUACGAUCAAUACAUGACCCAAACGAUGUACGAAGCAUCAGUCAUGACUGUCGAGAUGCCCACAACCAUUUUCAAAGCUGAAGAUUGCCCUCCCGCAGCUACCAGCACCAUUACCGAAACGUCCACCGUCACUGCCGCUUCAGCGUGUUCCUCCGCCGUUACCGCGUACGUGACUCAGUGGAUGAAUGCUCCUCCUGGCUGUUGGUGCGGUGGGGGUGAGGCUCCUAUGUCCGGCUGGGAGAUGGGGUGGGGAGGACCCUCGCCACUCGGGGAUGCCCCAGUCUUCACUUCUUUCAACGCCGCCUUUACCCAAGGUCUAUCCUCUAUCCCGGCGUCUGAAGCAGUUCAGACUGGAGUUACAGUUGCUGGAGCCGCUGCUGCGCCGUCCCCAACUGCCGCGGUUUCUGUAGGUGGCUUUUCCACAGAAGAAUCAAGUUCAAUGACGACAUCUGGUACGGAAUCUUCUGGUUCAAGCAGCGUCCCAUCUAACAUGGCGGAGUCUACUAAAGCAGGGGAGGCUCCUGAGCCAGAAGCUUCGACCACGACGACUACCUCAUCGUCAUCAGCAUCUAUAUCUACCACACUCUCAGAAACGACAACUAUGAUUUCUACGACAUCGAUUUCACUAGCAUCUGCGGAAGCUGCCUCAACAACUGGCGACGGCAGUUUCCCAGUCGGUUCCUUCCAAACCCUCGAUCCUGCAACGCUCACACUCAAGAACGCCUAUACCUUGGGCAUCGGGAAGAGAGCGCCCCAACCAACACUGCUAUCACCAUAG